AUGUCGUACACUUUUGUGUUAUCUGGAAGAGAAUCAGUGUUAUCAACCAAAAUAUAUCCUCCAAUUAUUUUAAAUGAAAAUGAACAGUAUGUACUAGGUUUAAUAGAUUUUAUGUCAUACAAUACAAUUCCAAAUGUAGACCAAACAAACAACAAGUUUCAUAUAGAUGGUUACGAUAUCACAAUUCCAGAAGGUUCGUAUGAAGUUGAAGAUCUUUCAAAUUAUUUAACUGAAAAAAUAACCGAGUUGGAAUUAAAAUUAGAUCGAACACCUGAAAAAGAUGAGACAGACAUUGAUAAAAAUACAAAAGGAGAGAAGCAAAAUUUAGUUACUCAAGGAGGAAACGCAAAAGCUAGAAAACAGCAUAAUAUGGAUCAACCUACAAGUCUAAUAAUGAGAAUUAAUAACAAUACACUCAAAUGUGAAAUAAAAAGCAACAAAGUAAUCCAUUUUGAAAAACCAAAUACCAUUGCUCCCUUAUUAGGCUUUACAUCAAAACGACUCUCACCUCUAAAGACUCACGUAGCUGAAAAUCCUGUGCAUAUCACAAAGGUUAAUUCAAUUUGUGUGGAAUGUAAUCUAAUCACUAAUUCAUACGUCAAUGAAAAUCAAGGUCAUAUUAUUCACAUGUUUUAUCCAAAUGUAUUACCAGGUUACAAAAUUGUUGAAAUUCCAAAAAAAGUAAUUUAUUUACCUGUCACCAAUAGAUAUAUUGAUGAAAUUUUCAUUAAAAUAGUCGACCAGGAUGAUCGUGUGUUGGUUGACAAUUCAAUUGUUAGUCGAGAAAUGCACAGUCAUUUACCCUAUGCUAAUGCCACUUUUAAUCACUGUGAUGAAAUAAGAUUACCAAUACAAACUCAAGAUAUAUAUACACAACCUUCUGAGAGUUAUUUGUAUAUUGAAGGACGUUUAACGAAUGAUGGGAAAGAAAGCAAUACUUUACACUUUGUUAAUAAUGGUUUGAUGCAUUUAUUUGAUGAAAUACGAUAUGAAAUUGGAGGCUGUGUAAUAGAUAGAGUGAGAAAUGUAGGUCAUGACCAUCUAACAGCGAAGUGCCGAGACUCCGGCAACACUCUUGGCUUUUCAAAAUGUCUGCCCAUGAGUCAACGGAUGGUGGUACGUGAAUUUUGUGCUAAAGGAACUUUCAACAAACGGCCGUUUCAAAAACGUAAUUUAGCUGAACAAGUUGAUGAUAAUCACGAUACUCCGUCAACAUCUUCCGACCUGAGUAGCACACCGUCAUGUAAGAGUGUAAAACAAGGACUUGAACUAGCCAUUAUGUCGGUGUUGAAAAAUGACAAUGACCCGAAAAUGACUUUUAAUAAACGCAGUCGAGUAACACGAAAGUUUGCUGAAAGCUUGACAGAUUUAGAAGUGAGAGAAAGACUAGCAAAAAAGAAACAUGAAAACAAAACAAAGCAGAAAAAAAGAAAGCAAGUACAAAGAAAACAAGAACACAAACAAAAAGAACGAAGAGAGAUGUUUCUAGCUUGUCAGAGAGUGCUAUUAGCGUUCGUUUAG